GUGUCACCAUCUUGCUUACAACAACAAAGAAUGAACCUUUCCUCUCCUCUGUCUCACUCUCCACUACCAUCUCCACCUUCCAAAUUCCACUAUUUUCCGAUUGCAACUUGACCUUCAGAAAAAAGAGGCUUUAUUUAAACCAUGCUUGAUCACAUGACAUGAACAAAAAUCACAGUCACGCUACCUUGAUAGAAUGGAACAGAAGGUUACUGUGACCAAUAAAAAGUACCUACUAGGUGCCUUGUUUUGGAAACUAGCAGUUUCAAUCAUUGCAGUACUCGUAAUAGGUGCUGGUGUUUUCACCAUACUCACCAAGUUUCGUUAUUCUCAUUCACCUAAACUCCAUACUCGCCCCACCAACAUCGUUCACAAAUAUGCCUCUGCUCUUGAAUUGUCUCUGCUAUUUUUUGAUGCCCAGAAAUCUGGGAAGCUGCAGAAUAACAGGGUUUCAUGGAGAGGGGAUUCAGGGCUACGAGAUGGGAGUGAAGCGAAUUUGGAUUUGUCUAAAGGAAUGUAUGAUGCUGGUGACCUCAUGAAGUUUGGGUUUCCCAUGGCUUUCACUGCUACUGUGCUUUCUUGGGCCAUUCUUGAGUAUGGAGAUCACAUGGAUGAGGUGAACCAGCUGCAGUUUGCAUUGGACUCGCUCAAGUGGGUCACAGAUUAUCUUGUUAAUGCACAUCCUUUUGCUGAUGUGCUCUACAUUCAGGUGGGGGAUCCUGAGGUGGAUCACAAUUGCUGGGAAAGGCCUGAAGACAUGACUGAAGGAAGGCCACUUACUCAAGUUAACUCAUCUUUCCCGGGAACAGAAGUUGCAGCAGAAACUGCAGCUGCAUUGGCCUCAGCGUCUCUGGUUUUUAAGGACAUCAAUGUCACUUAUUCUGAUAUUCUCCUUGGACAUGCUCAGCAGCUGUUCACUUUUGCUGAUACAUACAAAGUUUCCUACAGUGUCAGCGUCCCUCAAGUGGGGCAAUACUACAACUCUUCUGGGUACUGGGAUGAACUCUUAUGGGCAGGUAGCUGGCUCUAUCAUGCAACAAACGAUCCAACAUACCUAAAUUAUGUGACACAGCAGAAUGAAAAUGCAUAUGGCAAUUUAGGAAGUCUAUCUUGGUUUAGUUGGGAUGAUAAGCAUGCUGCAACUCAGGUUCUAUUGUCAAGAGUAAAUUUCUUUGGUUCUAGAGGCAUGCCUGAUGCACAGAACCUUGACCUUCAGAAGUAUAGAGAAUCUGCUGAAAUGCUCAUGUGCAAGCUUCUACCAGAUUCACCAACAGCCACAACCAACAGGACUGAAAGUGGGCUGAUAUGGGUGGUACCAUGGAACCCUUUGCAACAUUCAGUGGCUUCUGCAUUCUUAGCAGUUCUUUAUAGUGAUUACAUGCUGACAUCUCAAACUGAAAAUCUAUACUGUAGUGGGAAAUUGUAUAAACCAGUAGAUCUUCGCAAAUUCGCCAUUUCUCAGGCUGAGUAUGUAUUGGGAGAAAAUCCUAUGAGGAUGAGUUAUCUAGUGGGAUAUGGAAGUGAUUACCCUAAACAUAUUCAUCACAGAGGAUCUUCCAUUCCAGUUAAUGCUACAACUGGUUGCAGGGAUGGAUUCAAGAAAUGGUUUGACUCACCUCACCCCAAUCCUAAUACAGCAGUUGGAGCUCUAGUGGGUGGUCCUUUCUUCAAUGAGACAUACAAUGAUUUCAGGAACAACUCCAUGCAGGGUGAACCAACCACUUACAGUAGUGCCCUACUGGUUGCUCUCCUCUCUGGCUUGGUUGCUAGUUCCUCAGUAGAUAGGUCUUUCUAGAAUUCAUGUACAUAUCAUCCAAUUUUGUUGUAGCAUAUGUAAAUAUUCCCUUUCUAGAUAGCAACGAUUUUGUGAUAACUCCUUCCAACUUUAUUUGGCAUCAACACCUCCUUUCAUAGUUGAGAUGCUCUUCUGCUUAGUUUGUUAAUUAAGAAGAGAAGCAAGAGAUUGCGUUUUGUAUAGAGCUUCUAGAUUCUGUUU